AUGGAACCUAACAAUCAUGAGAAUAACGGGGGUGAGUGUGAUUGGAAGCCUAGAGUUCGCAUGACAUUUGAUACAGAACAAGAAGCAUAUGAUUUCUAUAAUACUUAUGGAGGAAGGUUGGGCUUUAGUAUUAGAAGGGGUUAUGUAAACAAGAGCAAAGAGGGGCAUUCAAGUCAAUUUGUUUGUAAUAAGGAAGGAUUUCGGGUUGUCGACAAGCGAGAUUCAUUAACAAAAAAUCCUAGGCAGGAAGUGAGGACUGGUUGUCAAGCCCGACUUGUCAUUAAGUGGGAUAGGAAUAUUCAGAAAUUUUUUGUUAGUGAUUUUGUUGAACAACAUAAUCAUAUCUUCGUACCACCAGAAUGUACGCAUAUGUUACCAUCCCAAAGGAAGAUAUCUGCAUCACAGGCAACCGAAAUAGAUUUAGCCGAAAAAUCUGGAAUCCGUCUUAAUGCUGCAUUUGAGCUCAUGGGUAAUGAAGUUGGUGGAAGGGAGUCGCUUGGGUUUACAAAACUUGACCAAAAAAAUUAUUUGAGAACGAAGAGGCAAAACAGUUUAGCAUAUGGGGAGGCAGGUAGCAUUUUGCAAUAUUUUCGUGACAAAUCAUUGGAGAAUCCAUCUUUUUUUUACUCGGUCCAAUUAGAUAACGAAGAGCAGAUUACAAACAUAUUUUGGGCCGAUGCUCAGAUGAUCAUGGAUUAUGGACAAUUUGGUAAUAUUGUGACUUUUGACACUACUUACAAGUUAAAUAGUGCACAUAGACCAUUUGCGUCUUUUGUUGGAUUUAACCAUCAUAGGUUUCGAUUUCAAAAUUCCCCCCAGGCUGAAGAAUGCGAAUACAGAUGGCGGGAAGAAGCAAAACGACGAAAGAACGAGAGAUCGAAGAAGAGUAGAGAGGCUGCUACUUCGUGCAUCCCGUCGCCCCACCGUGGCAGUCGCCCCGCUGUCGUCGCCGUCGUGCCGUUGCCACUGUCCUGCCGCCACCGUGGCCGUCGCCCCUGUUCCAACCGAUUGAAGAAAAUAUAG